AUGCUAGGGUUUAUUGGGGAAAUCACUUCGGAUUUCCAGCAGAAGCAUCUCGAUCUCACGAACGGGGGGACCAUCGCACCCUCUUCAACGGCUAUAGCCGAAGUCGAUGGCAGUUUGUUUCAUGAUGAGCGACAGAUGACCUGGGGUCCUGGGGGAGUAGACGAUGUUGGACUUGUACCAGAGCAGAACUCUCCUCGCAGGUCGAGCGCGGGGGAGGUUUGGGAAGAACAACUGCUUGAACAUUUCCGGGAGAGUGAGGCGCCGCCUACGAUCUUUGGAUCGAUCGACUUGGAAUGGAAAUAUGUGAGGGAUGCUAUGAUUUCUCAGUCUGGGGGCUGUCGUGCGCUUUUACUAGCUAUAUAUUGCUACUCGGACAUCCAUAAGGCGUGGGCUGAGGGAAGGCCAUGGAAACUGGGCCCAACAUAUCAUGGGCAGGCGAGUUCGGAGAUUCAGACUUGUUUACUGGGGGAGGUGAGCGAAUCGUCGCUCAAGAAAAUGUAUGAGAGUAUUUUGCUGCUUAUGUUGGCCGAGCUCAUAUCCCACGAGAACUGGCAUCCGGCAACCCCGUUCCUCCACACCUCAUACCUCAUUCUCCAACGCUUUCAUAACCGUACUCGAUCCUGGACUGGUCUUGCCCACCUCAUCUCCUCAUGGGUCACCCUUCUCGACAUCAAAGCCCUCGUGGCCGGCCGUGAUGGGGAUCCUCUCGCCGAGUUUGGAAACCUCACACAUCCCGAGGCCAAUGACAUAUCGAACUCUACCUUAGAAGAUAACGAUACCUCAAACGACCCUCUGUUCACAUGUCCAACCUACCUAAUAACCCACUCGAUCACCUCCCCGGCCUUCACCUUCUUCCUCGCCACUCAGCAGCUCACUCGGCGCAUCGUCAUAAUAGACCUACACCACCGCACGCGAGGCACCGUCUCCGACGAAUUUGAAGUCCUCCAAAUUGCACACACAGUCUCCGCAGACCUAGAGACCCUCUGGAACCGCCGCCCCAAAAUCCUAGACCUCUACUCCUCAACACCCGCAGACGAAGAAUCCCUCUAUGACUCUCUCGCUCCGAAUCUGGCGACGGCUAUCGUUCGCACUUUCAGAACGUACGUUGCAAACUUUCUCGCCUUGUUUGUUUACCUCCACCGCGUUGCGUUUGCGAUUUACCCACGUACCGAUAGGGUCUAUCGAGCUGUCGACCAGAUUAUCCAUCUUGCGAAGGAGGAAAGUAGCCGUCCGAAUCGUUGUUCUACAGCUAUGGCUACGGCUAGCAACACCUCCGGGUCAGGAUCCGUGCCAAUGGGGUUUGUAUGGCCGUUAUUCAUCGCGGCGCUAGAAGGCUCUAUUGAGCAGCGGGAGUGGAUCGUCGCUGAGAUGCAGCGCAUGGCGGCGCUAGGCCCGGGACUGGGACAUCCGAAUGCAGGGAAGGCGUUAGUACUGCUUGAGGAGAUGACGAGGCGACAGGAUGCGUCGAGGACGUGGGCGGACUCGAGGUGUGUGCGGCGAGAGCUGUUUGCGGAUUUCUUUGUAAUGAUAUAA